AUGGCUUCCCUUUCCCUGGCGAACGCCGCUGCGACCCGUCGCGCCGGAAAGCCCGCCGUCGCGCUCUCCGCGCGCCGCUCCGUGGCCGCCCAGCCCCGCGUCGCUUCCCACGCCGGUGUCGCCGCCGGUCGUGGCAGCCUCCAGGUCUUCGCCGUUCGCUCCCGCAGCAACACCGGCGGCUCCCGCAAGGGACUCAUGCAGUACGUGGAGCGGGUGAACGCGCCGCAGAUGAAGGACGAUCUUAUCCCCUUCAGGGUGGGCAUGACGGUGAGGGUCGGCGUGACCGUCGUCGAGGGCAACAAGACGCGCGUGCAGCCGUACGAGGGCAUCAUCAUUGGCGUCCACAAGGCCGGCGUCGCCACCACCAUCACCGUCCGCAAGGCGUUCCAGGGCUACGGCGUCGAGCGCAUCUUCCCUAUCCACUCCCCCCUGUGCACCUUCGAGGAGGUUCGCGGUGCUGGCAAGCCCGUGCGCCGCGCCAAGCUCUACUACCUCCGCGAUCGUAUCGGUAAGCAGGCGAAGCUUAAGACUCGCUUCGUGGCCAAGAAGACCGGCCCCACCCGCCACCAGCUCAAGAUGGAGGCUCUCGCGGCGACGAAGGCGGCUGCGGCUGCCGAGGCUGAGGCGGCGGCUGCCGCGGCUGCCGCGGCUGAGGCGGCGGCUGCCCCCGCGGAGGAGGAGGCUGCCGCUGAGCCCGAGGCGUAA